AUGUCUGAAAAGAUCUUAAUGGCUGCUUCCAUGGCUGCUCUGGUCUGUCAUCCCAGUUCCUCCAUUAAAUGCUUUAAACCCAAAUCAAAACCAUCUUCCUCACAUAGAGAAAAUACAUCAAAAUCCAACACCAAAAAGGAUGUUUGGACCUGUUCUUCAUUUCCCAGAACCUCUGUUUUUUCAUCUUGUUCCAACAUGAACACAACAUUAACACACCCCAAUCGUGUCCCUUCAACGAGCAGCACAGAUUCGUGUCUGGUUUCGAACCUCUGCGAAAAGGACCCGGCUUUUCGAGUCGUGGAAGCCAUGUUCGAGUCCGGUUGGGACGAUAAAGCCGGGCCCAAAAUCGAGAAAAUAUUGAAGAUCAAUCAUAACAUCGGUGUUCUGAAGAGGUUUGAAGAGUAUAAGGAGAUUGUUAAAUCCAAGUCUGCAAAUGUUUCUCGGAGAUUGGCUGUUGAUGGCAAUGAGCUGUUAAGGUUCCAUGGUGCCAUUGUUACUUGUUCCUUAGGUAACAAUGAGUUGUCAAGGAUUUGUAGCAAGGAAAGUUGCGGGGUUUGCAGAAUGGUCCGGCUGGUCGGCUCGGCGGGCGAAGAAUCGGUGGCGUUAAGCAACGAUAGCCGACGAGCGCAUCGGAGAGUUAUGAAGGAAUGCCGUGUUAAUAAUAAGAUUUGUGCUAGGAAAGCUGUUGUUGUUUGCCGAGUAAUUGCCGGAAGGGUUGCUCGGUGUCACCAACGAGGGCUCGGACUUGUUGAAGAACGAGAAGGCGGGUUCGAUUCGGUGGCGAGUUUGCCUAAAGAUUCAUCGGAAGGCUCCGAAGAGCUUAUUGCUUUGAAUGCAAGAGCUGUGCUCCCAUGCUUUGUGAUUUUAUGUAGUGCCACACACUCCAAAUAUUAUAGAAUGUCAAAAUCCAGCAUUUCUUAG